AUGUCCAACUUUCCUAUCCCAUCCGUUGAAGCUGCUGGUACUGCUCCAGGAAUCAGUACUGGAGCUCAAAUUCCUGCUCCUGCUGCUCAUGCAACACCUCUGUCUUCCUUAUCUCCGUGUUCGUCUACAGGUCCUCACCGACCAGUCACGGCUUAUGAGGAUAAAGACAUGACAACUGCCACUUUAGUACUCAAAGAUGGCACCAGCUAUCAAGGUAUCUCUUUUGGUGCCGAAUCUAAAAGCAUUUCUGGUGAAUGCGUUUUCCAGACAGGUAUGGCUGGUUAUCCUGAAUCACUAACAGACCCUUCGUACCGCGGCCAAAUCUUGGUCUUGACUUUUCCUCUGAUUGGUAAUUAUGGUGCUCCCUCUCGCACUGAGAUGGAUGAGCUUCUCAAGGAUAUUCCUAAAUAUUAUGAGUCGAAUGAAAUCCAUAUUGCCGGUCUGAUUGUUGGUAGUUAUGCACCAGACUACUCUCAUUAUCUCGCUUCAUCAUCUCUUUCCAGUUGGCUUAAAGAGAACGAAAUUCCCGCCCUUUAUGGGAUUGACACGCGUGCACUUACCAAGAAGAUUCGUAUUCAAGGUGUCCUUUUGGCAAAAAUACUGUUUCCAAAAUCUGUAAUUGGCCAUACAAUGGAUGCCGCUGCUUCUGCACUUGGAUUCUUUCAAAAACAUUCCUCUGAAAGCCAAAUGAUCGAGUAUGAAGAUAUAGAUUGGAUCGAUCCAAACAAGAGAAAUCUUGUGGCUGAAGUAUCCAUAAAAGAACCUAAAACUUACUAUCCUGAUCCUGAAAAGGCUCUCAAGACACCUUCUGGUCGCACAAUGCGUAUCCUUGCUGUUGAUAUCGGUAUGAAAUAUAACCAGAUCCGCUGCUUUGUAUUCCGUGGUGUUGAGCUCAAGGUUGUACCUUGGGACUACGAUUUUAAUGCCGAACCAAGCGAUUCAUUUGAUGGUCUCUUUCUCUCAAAUGGACCUGGUGACCCUACUACUAUUGAUAUAACAAUUCAGAACUUGAGAAAGUUCAUUCAAGAUGUCAAAAAGCCUGUCUUUGGUAUCUGCUUAGGUCAUCAGGUUAUGUCUCUUGCUGCUGGUGCAAAAACGCUAAAAAUGAAGUAUGGUAAUCGUGGCCAAAACAUUCCUUGUACCAAUAUGCUUUCUGGACGUUGUUAUAUCACUUCUCAAAACCACGGUUAUGCAGUUGAUGGAUCUUCUCUUCCACCUGAAUAUCAAGAGCUUUUUAUUAAUGCAAACGAUGGUUCUAACGAAGGUGUCAUUCACAAGUCCAAGCCUAUAUUUUCUGUUCAAUUUCAUCCAGAAUCUACUCCUGGUCCUCGCGACACUGAGUUCUUAUUUGAUGUCUUUCUCAACAAUAUCAAGGAUUGUCUUGAGAAGCAAGCUCCAGUACCUGUACAUAUGCCUGGAGGAAGCAUUGUUGAGAAUAGAAACAAGAACCCUCGUGUUCAUGUUAACAAGGUACUUGUCCUUGGUUCGGGUGGUUUAUCUAUCGGACAAGCCGGCGAAUUUGAUUAUUCUGGUUCUCAAGCUAUCAAGGCCCUGAAGGAAGAAGGAAUUUAUACAGUCUUGAUCAACCCCAAUAUUGCUACUAUUCAAACCUCCAAAGGCUUGGCAGACAAGGUCUACUUCUUGCCUGUUACUCCCGACUAUGUUCGCAAAGUGAUUCAGUUUGAGAAACCAGAUGGUAUUUAUGUUACUUUUGGUGGCCAGACUGCUUUGGGCGUUGGUAUUGCACUAAAAGACGAAUUCGAGUCUUUAGGUGUCAAAGUACUGGGUACUCCAAUCGACACAAUUAUCACUACUGAAGAUCGAGAUCUCUUUGCUCAAGCAUUAUACGAAAUCGAUGAAAAGUGCGCUCAAUCUUCAUCAGCAGUUACUGUCGAAGAAGCAAUUGCGGCUGCUAAAGAGAUUGGCUAUCCAGUUAUUUGCCGUGCUGCUUACGCUCUUGGUGGUUUAGGCUCUGGUUUUGCUGAUAACGAGCAAGAAUUGUCAGCUUUGUGUAAUAAAGCAUUUGCUACUUCUCCUCAAGUCUUGAUUGAAAAGUCUAUGAAGGGUUGGAAAGAAAUUGAAUACGAAGUUGUUCGUGAUUGUCAAGACAAUUGUAUCACUGUCUGUAACAUGGAAAACUUUGAUCCUCUUGGUAUUCACACAGGUGAUUCUAUUGUUAUCGCUCCUUCUCAGACUUUGUCUGAUGCAGACUACAACAUGCUUCGUACCACAGCUGUCAAUGUCAUUCGUCACUUGGGUGUUGUUGGUGAAUGUAACAUUCAAUAUGCCUUGAACCCCUUCUCCAAGGAAUAUUGUAUCAUUGAAGUCAAUGCUCGUCUUUCUCGUUCUUCUGCCCUUGCUUCAAAGGCUACUGGUUAUCCUCUUGCUUUUGUUGCUGCCAAGCUUGGUUUAGGCAUUCCACUCAACGAAAUCAAAAACAGCGUCACCAAAGUCACUUGUGCAUGCUUCGAACCUUCUCUUGAUUAUGUUGUAGUCAAGAUUCCUCGUUGGGAUCUCAAAAAAUUUAACCGUGUCAGCACUGCUCUUUCUUCCUCCAUGAAAUCAGUUGGUGAAGUAAUGGCCAUUGGACGCACUUUUGAAGAAACUAUUCAGAAAGCAAUUCGUGCUAUUGAUUAUGGCUUUGUAGGGUUUAGUCAGAAUACUUUUGUUGCAGACAAAGACAUUGAUUUUGAAUUGAAGAAUCCCUCUGAUCAAAGAUUAUUUGCUAUCGCUAAUGCAAUGAAUAAGGGCUAUUCUGUUGACAAGAUAUGGGAAAUGACAAAUAUUGACAAAUGGUUCUUGAACAAAUUGAUGCACAUUGUAGACUUAGGCAAACGUCUAGAUGGAUUUAACAAGGCAAAUGUUCCUGGUAACUUGAUCCGUUUAGCAAAGCAACUUGGUUUCUCUGAUCGUCAAAUCGCAAAUCACUUGAACAGUAAUGAGCUUGCUGUUCGUAAACUGCGUCAAGAAUACAGAGUCACUCCUUUUGUCAAGCAAAUCGAUACUGUGGCUGCAGAGUUCCCUGCAUUCACCAACUAUUUGUAUAUGACAUACAAUGCUGUUGAGCAUGAUAUAGAAUUCAAUGACAAAGGUAUCAUGGUUUUGGGUUCAGGCGUGUAUCGUAUUGGUUCCUCUGUUGAAUUUGAUUGGUGUGCUGUUCGUGCCAUUCGUACCAUUCGCCAACAAGGUAUUAAGACUGUUAUGGUCAAUUACAAUCCAGAAACUGUUUCUACCGAUUAUGAUGAAGCAGAUCGUCUUUAUUUCGAAAACAUCAACCUAGAACGAGUCUUGGAUAUCUACGAAAUUGAAAAGUCUUCCGGUGUCUUGAUGUCCAUGGGCGGACAAACCCCUAACAAUAUUGCAUUACCUUUGUAUCGUCAGAAUGUCAAAGUACUCGGCACGUCUCCUGAAAUGAUUGAUAACGCAGAAAAUCGCUACAAAUUUUCUCGUAUGUGUGAUAGCAUUGGUGUCGAUCAACCACUCUGGAAGGAGUUGACAAACCAUGAAGAUGCUGAGAAAUUCUGUGAAAACGUUGGCUUCCCUGUCUUAGUGAGACCUUCUUACGUUCUGUCUGGCGCUGCCAUGAAUGUUGUGUUCUCAAAAGAUGACCUUGCUUCUUAUCUCAAAGAGGCUGCAGAUGUUUCUCGUGAACACCCUGUGGUUAUUACGAAAUACAUCGAAGAAGCAAAAGAAGUGGACAUGGACGCUGUUGCUCUCGACGGGAAGCUCUUGAUGCAUGUUAUUUCUGAACAUGUUGAGAAUGCUGGCGUGCACUCUGGAGAUGCUACUCUUGUCCUACCACCUCAAGAUUUGGAUCCUGAAACAAUUCGCAAGAUUGAAGAAGCUACAGCCAAAAUUGGUCGUGCUCUGAACAUUACUGGACCUUUCAACAUUCAGUUUAUUGCCAAGAACAACGAAAUUAAGGUGAUUGAAUGUAAUGUACGUGCUGCCAGAUCAUCGCCUUUCGUCUCUAAAGUGAUGGGCGUAGACUUGAUUGAAAUGGCUACACUUGCCAUGCUUGGUCUGCCAGUAACACCUUAUCCUAAAGUCACUAUUCCUAAAGACUAUGUGGGUGUCAAGGUUCCUCAAUUCUCUUUUAGUCGUUUGUCUGGUGCAGAUCCUGUCUUGGGUGUUGAAAUGGCCUCUACUGGUGAAGUAGCUUGUUUUGGCAAAGACAAAUAUCAGGCUUAUUUAAAAGCCUUGUUGGCCACUGGCUUCCGUGUACCAAAAAAGAACAUUUUGUUUUCGAUUGGUUCUUAUAAAGAAAAGCAAGAGCUAUUACCUUCUGUUCGCAAACUUCAUGAAUUGGGCUACACAAUCUUUGCUACAACAGGUACUGCUGAUUUUAUUUCAGAACAUAACAUUCCUGUGAAGCAUCUUGAUACCUUGGAUGCUGAUACUGACGACAAACUAAAGGCUGAAUAUUCUCUUCAACAACACUUGUCCAACAAUUUGAUUGACUUGUAUAUUAACUUACCUUCUCGUAAUCGUUUCCGUCGACCUGCCACUUACAUGUCCAAGGGCUAUCGUUCCCGUCGAAUGGCAGUUGAUUACUCUGUACCUCUCUUGACAAACGUCAAAUGUGCUAAAUUGUUCAUUGAAGCUAUUACAAGUAACAGAGACAAUCAAAUCCUUAGCAUCGACUACAAGACAAGCCAUACUCAAGCACAUUUACCUGGCUUAUUUAACAUCAAUGCUUAUUUGAAGAGCAGUGAUGACUUCGCUACUGUUGCAAAAGCAUCUCUAUCUGCUGGCUUUACCACCAUCUCUGCCUUUUGUAGAGGAGUUACGAACAAUACUUUAUUGGAUAGUCUAAGCGAAAUAGCUCACAAAAAUGCUUAUACAGACUAUCUGUUGAACAUUACCGCUACUGCAGAAAAUGCUGCGCACGUUGGAGACUAUGCUUCUGAUGCUGCUGCUGUGUACAUCAAUACAGACUUGAUUGGGUCAGGCAAAGUCUCUGUAUUUGACUCCAUCUUCUCAUCCUGGCCAACUUCGCAAUUGAUUAUUACUGAUGCAAAAGGUACUGAUCUCGCAUCUAUCUUACUCUUGGCUUCGCUUCAUAACCGUGUUAUCCACGUCUCAAAUGUGAUUAGCAAAGCUGAUUUGGCUCUGAUUAAGAUGAGUAAAAAGAAGGGACUAGCUGUAACUUGUGAUGUUGCCAUUUAUUCCCUGUUUUUCCAUUCAGAAGAUUUCAACGACACCAAGCUCUUGCCUACUCGUAAAGAGCAGGAAGCAUUAUGGAAAAAUUUGGAUGUUAUUGAUUGCUUCACUGUGGGCUACUUGCCUCGUAAACUAGCUGCUGAAGUUGGUCAAGAAACAGAUGCAACUGCUGGUAUUCAUGAAGCUCUGCCUUUGUUGCUUGGUGCUGUCAAUCAUGGACGCUUGACAAUGAAAGAUAUCUCUGAACGUCUGUACGAUAAUCCUCGAGCUAUCUUUGGUAUUCCUCCUCAGCCAGAUACAUCCAUUGAAAUCAUCAUUGAUCGCAAGUCUACCUGGCCUGUCAAUAAAGACAACUGGUCCCCUUUGGCUGGUAUUACUGUCUAUGGUUCAGUCGAAAGAGUUACGUUGAAUGAAACAGCCAUGUUUAUGGAUAGCCAUCUUACUGACGAAUCCAAACUUGGUCGCGAUGUUUCCCUCCAGGCACAAAGCCUUAAGACCACAGCAGAACACGACCACAAAGAACUCGAAACUCUUGCUGAACAAAAUGAAAAGCACAAGCAACAUGUUGAACAAAGUUUGGCUGUACUUGAAUCAGCAGCUGUCGAGGAAAAGCAUCCUCCUCGAGUCUCUGAUUCUAUAAAACUUGCAGGUGCUGUAGGUCAGCAAUUAGUUUCGUUACAAGCUCCUCGCUAUGAGAUUUCUGCUUCUCUGGCUCGUGUUGUAGGCCGCUCACCCUUUUACCGCAAGCAUAUCUUGAGAGCUGCUCAAUUUGAUCGUAACGAUCUCCACUUGUUGUUUGGUGUAGCUCAUGAAAUGCGUAAUUUGGUCGAGCUUUAUGGUUCUAUCAACUUGUUACAAGGUCGUGUGAUGAGCACUAUGUUCUUUGAACCUUCUACUCGUACUUCCAGUUCUUUUGAAGCUGCUAUGUAUCGUUUAGGAGGCCAAGUGGUUCCUGUUACUGCUUCCACUUCGUCUGUCCAAAAGGGUGAAUCUCUUGCUGAUACGAUACGUACGCUUGGAUGUUAUGCUGAUUUAAUUGUCCUUCGUCAUCCUCAGCCCGGAUCUGCUCAGAUCGCUGCCAAGUAUUCCAAGGCACCCAUUAUCAAUGCUGGUGAUGGUAUUGGUGAACACCCUACACAAGCCUUUUUAGACACAUUUACCAUUCGUGAAGAACUCGGUACUGUCAAUGGCUUGAAUGUCACACUUGUAGGUGAUUUAAAGAAUGGUCGUACUGUUCAUUCUUUAGUCAAGAUCUUGACUUACUAUCAAGUUACCAUUAAUUAUGUAAGCCCUGAAUCUUUAGCUAUGCCCAAAGAAAUUGUGGAGGAAGCAAAAGCAGCUGGCGUAAAACAACAUUUCUAUGACUCUUUGGAUCAGGUGAUUGGACUGACUGAUGUUCUGUACAUGACUCGUGUUCAGAAAGAAAGAUUUGACACUGAAGAAGAAUAUCGUCGAGUCAAAGAUGCCUUUAUUUUGAACAAUGAUGUCUUGAGUAAGGCCAAGUCUCAUAUGAUUGUGUUGCAUCCUUUGCCUCGUGUGAAUGAAAUCGAACCUGAAGUUGAUUUUGAUCAAAGAGCUGCCUACUUUAGACAGAUGCGAUAUGGCCUUUAUGUCAGAAUGGCCCUGUUGGCACUUGUACUAGGAACUCUUCGCGGUUAA